AUGGAAUCAUUGCCAUAUCUGUUGUGUUUAUCUGCUCUAUUUGGGGAAUCUGUUCUAUGUUCAUCUAUAUAUCAUGCUUGUGAAAUACAAGUUGGAGAUGCUACAUUAUUUGUAGAUUUGUUACCUCUUGACAUUUGGCAUUUUGAUGUGAUUUUGGGGAUGGAUUGGUUGUCUAAAUAUUGUGCUACUGUUGAUUGUGUGACGAAACGGGUUUUAUUAAGACCUCCUAGACAUGAUGAAGUUGUAUUUGUGGAUGAUAUUUCUGUUGUUAGGGAAUUUGUGGAUGUGUUUCUAGAAGAAUUGUCAUGGGAGUUAGUUGACAGAGAAAUUGAAUUCACAAUUGAGGUUGUACUCAGUACUCAAACUAUCUCAAAAACUCCAUAUAGAAUGUCAACUACUGAAAAGAAGGAAUUGAAAGAACAGCCGCAGGACUUGCUUGACGAGGGUUUUAUCCAACCGAGUACUUUACCUUAG